UAUCCUCUCUUCGCCACCAAGCAAACCCGACGCGGCGCCCGAUCUCACCGGAUAUUUUCGGCCAGCCACCGCCUCCCCUCCCGCGCGUACGCCGCGGCCGCCAAGUGGUGGCCAGCGGCGCCGCGCCCCGGUAUCCCAGCCUCCGGGCCCCGCCGAGAUCACCUGCCAAAAAGGAGGUCACGCGCGCCUCGCCACGCGGGGCGCCCGUCGCCCUCGCACAGUAUGUCGGUUUCGAACCCGAAGCCUAUAAAUUCCGCGCCACCACCACCUCCUCCUCCACAAUGGACCACAACACCGACCCUCCUCCGACCACCAUGGUGGACGCCGCGGCGGCGCUGCUGCUGGAGCCCAAGCUGGAGGGGUACGACGACGACGGCGGCGGCGAGCCGCUGCAGCCGGCCCCGUUCGUCUCUCCGCUGGACCAGCUGAUGCAGCCGCCGCGGCCGCUGGAGGCGCUGCUGCAGGGGCCGCAGCUGCCGCCGUUCCUGUCCAAGACGUACGACCUGGUGUGCGAGCCGGAGCUGGACGGGGUCAUCUCCUGGGGCCACGCCGGCAACAGCUUCGUCGUCUGGGACCCCUCCGCCUUCGCGCGCGACGUGCUCCCCCACCACUUCAAGCACAACAACUUCUCCAGCUUCGUCCGGCAGCUCAACACCUAUGGUUUUCGCAAGGUUCAUGCUGAUAGAUGGGAGUUUGCUCAUGAGGAUUUCCUACGACAUAGCAAACAUUUGUUGAAGAAGAUUGUCCGGCGCAGGUCCUCACCAACACAACAAAGUGGUCUUCAGCCUGGCUCUUCUGGUGAAUCCGGUUUAGACCCUGAACUCAACACACUGAGAAGGGAGAAGAGUGCAUUGCUUCAGGAGGUGACCAGGCUGAAGCAAGAGCACCUUCAGACAAUUGAACAAAUGAGCACGCUGAAUCAGAGGCUAGAAUCAGCGGAAGAUCGGCAGAAACAGAUGGUCUCUUUCUUGGCCAAGCUCCUCCAGAACCCAACUUUCCUGAGGCAACUUAAGAUGCACAGACAGCAAAAGGAAAUCGACUCCACCAGAGUGAAAAGGAAAUUCCUCAAGCAUGUACCACAUGGCAACAUUGACUCAGGUGAGUCCAGCUCACAACACACUGGAGAGAGCAAUUUAGAUUUCUCCCCUACGUCCCUGGACCUUCCAGCCACGCACAGUGACAUCUUAGACCUUCAGAAUUUUCUUUUGGAAGAUGGGGACCUCAAUCUUGCCAUGCUGCCAGAGAACAUAGGACUUGAUGGAAUCGAAGCACCAGACGACAUCGGGGCGUUGGUUCAGGGAUUUGACACACAGGAGGAACUUGAGCUUGGUAGCGGAGUUGAGCUACUGGAAAUACCUCCAGCUUCUGGUCCUCGUGGCCAAGAUCCCACGAUUGGCAGAUCCAAGGGAAAGAAUGUAUUGUCUCCAGGAUUGGAUGCUACCUCUUCUGAAGCUGAUUGCCUCGGAUCAUUUUCUGACAAUAUGGGGAUGCUUUCUGACUCCAUGUUACAAACAGCGGGUAAAUUGAUGGAUGCAGAUGAUGACGAGCGAAUUUGGGGCGUCGAUGCUUCGUCGGCUUUACAAAGUUCUUGCAGUGGCACUAGUCAGCAAGCAUAUGGUAGUCUUGUUAGUGAUCCCUAUCUGAUGGAGAUGGCUAAUAAGCCUGAAAAAUUCUGGGAGCUCGAUUUUCAGGCACUGGAUGAUGGAGAUCUGCAGCUGGACAAGUGUGUUAUCGAUGACCCUGCUCUUCAGCAACAGAGAGGAAAUAUGAAUUCGUAGAUCAAACGCAGCUUGGGAGAGUAGGACCUGAUGUUUUAUCUACCUAAAAACUAUAGUUCACUAUGAACAUUGCUAUAGUUAUUUGAUAUUCAGGAGGCUUGUUAACUCCUGAAUAUGCGCACUAUGGCAUUAAGAAGUAGCAGUAGCAGCAGUAGUAUGGUUAUGCUUUUUGUUUUCCAUUCAUUCACCCUGCUGUUUUUGAAUGGAAAUUGUUGUUGUGUGGUUUUCUCAGAGCCUCAGAGCAGCUGCUCUGGCCAUUUUUUUUCUGUUGCCAUUACAAUUUAUCCUCUUCUCUUUUUUUUGUUUGGCUAAAUGCCAUCAAAUGAACAAUGGAACUGAACCUUUUUCCCAUUCGAAAAAAGAAUGGAUUGAAGCAUCAGGUUUACCCCCCCAAUCAU